AUGGACCCGAUGCCGUCGACGUCUUCCGAGGACGAAGCCAAAGUGUUGUUCCGCAAGGGAGUCGACUACGAACGUGAGGGUUUCCACUACGAGGCGACGCGUUGCUACAAGCAAGCCCUGAAGUUGGACCCUGAUGUUGAGAAAAAAAUUGCUGAUGAAGAAUUAGUUUUACGCUCUAUGGAUACAACUGCGGAUGAAAAUAAUGUAAGCAAUGACACAAGCGAAGACGAAUAUGAUAACAAAGAAGACCUUUUCUUGAGAUUUCAGAGAAUAUUGGGACCUCUAAUAUGCCUUCCAGCACGUGCACAGCUAACCACUCAUUUUUCAGCUCUUCCCCCUGAGCUCGUUAUAUACAUAUUUAGGUGGGUUGUAUCUUAUGAUCUCGAUCUGCGUAUGUUAGAACAGUGUGCAGCAGUUUGUCGUGGUUGGUACUUGUGUGCCAGAGAUCCCGAGUUGUGGCGUCGAGCAUGCUCCAAAUUUUGGCCUUCAAAUGUCAACGACUUAGUCCCGUAUGAUGGAAGUUGGCGACAAAUGUUCAUAGAACGACCCAAUGUUCUGACAAUUGGUUGUUACAUAUGUAAAAUAACUUAUGUUCGAAGAGGUGAAGAAUCUUUCAGAGACAAUACUAAUGGACCUUCUUUUCAAGUUGUUUAUUACAGAUACUUAAGGUUUUUUUCCGAUGGCCGUGUUUUGAUGGUGCUAUCUUACAAUCCUCCAUAUAAAAUAGUAAGAAAGUUACAAACAAGAGAGAAGGCACCUUUCAAUGUGUCCCCUGGACACUAUAGAUUGUCUGGUAAACAAUUAUUUUUGACUCUUGACAGCGAAGAUAAGGAACGUGAUCGAGAAUUUAACAGAAAAUAUGGCUGGGAAGACAACACUGAAAGGAAGACUACUUAUAACAUGGUUUUAGAAAUUUCAAAAUACAAAUCAAAACAGAACUGGAAAUUGCAAUGUAUAGACUAUGAAAUAGUUUAUCAAAGCCGAGUUAACAAAGUAAAGGUUACAAAAUACGAUUUAACUAAUAAUCGUUUUCCACCAUUUAUAUUUUCACGCGUAAAAUGCUACUCAAAUGAAUCUGAACGUGUACUAUAA